CGCCAGCCCCGGGGUCCCACGUCUGGCCUGUGCGCACGUGCGCGCACACACACACACACACACACACACACAUUCACGCACGCGCACGCGCGCGCGAAAUUAACCGGAGAGAAUCUAAAGCAGCCAGGCACCCUUAGAUGACUGCGCUGCAGGGCACGGGUGUGAGGCUGGCAGCGCUGUCAGUUCGCACAAGACCAGUGCAUUGCACUCCGGGACCGGCCUGCAAUCCUCAGUGGAGCCGCGCGAGGGCGCUACGGGUGUCGCCGGGUUCCUGCAGUGGCGGGACGUGGCCGUGUGGUGGCGCUGCGGGCGGCGGCCUUGGGCCGGGAAGGCCUCUCCUGUGGGGCGGGGCUGGAUGGGGCGCGGCGUCGCUCUGCGCUUCCGCAAUUGUGGAGCUGCGGGAUGUCUGCGCUGCUGCUGCAGCUGGCGGGGCUCGGCGUGGCGCUUGCGGCCACCGUGCUCAUUUUGGUAUCUGUCAUUGCAUUUAUAACGGCUACAAAAAUGCCACCACAUCACCAACAUGAAGAAGAGAAAUUCUUCCUUAAUGCCAAAGGCCAGAAGGAAACUUUACCCAGCAUCUGGGACUCACCUACCAAACAGCUAUCUGUUGUUGUGCCUUCCUACAACGAAGAGAAACGGUUGCCCGUGAUGAUGGAUGAAGCCCUGAACUACCUAGAAAAGAGACAGAAGCAGGACCCUAUGUUCACUUACGAGGUGAUAGUAGUUGAUGAUGGCAGUCAAGACCAGACGUCACAGGUCGCUUUAAAAUACUGCCAGAAAUAUGGAAGUGACAAAGUGCGAGUGAUAACGCUGGUUCAGAACCGUGGGAAAGGUGGUGCUGUACGGAUGGGUGUGUUCAGUUCUCGAGGAGAGAAGAUCCUCAUGGCGGAUGCUGAUGGAGCCACAAAAUUUCCAGAUGUUGAAAAACUAGAAAAGGGGCUGAGUGAUCUCCGGCCGUGGCCUGAUCAAAUGGCCAUCGCCUGUGGGUCUCGAGCUCAUUUGGAGAAAGAAUCAAUUGCUCAGCGUUCUUACUUCCGUACUCUGCUUAUGUAUGGAUUCCACUUCCUGGUGUGGUUCCUUUGUGUCAAAGGAAUCAGGGACACGCAGUGCGGGUUCAAAUUACUGACCCGAGAAGCAGCAGCCCGGACCUUCUCAUCUCUGCACAUCGAACGAUGGGCAUUUGAUGUAGAACUGCUAUACAUAGCACAAUUUCUUAAAAUUCCAAUAGCGGAAGUCGCCGUCAACUGGACUGAAAUUGAGGGUUCUAAGUUGGUUCCGUUUUGGAGCUGGCUCCAAAUGGGCAGAGAUCUGCUCUUCAUCCGACUGCGGUAUCUGCUGGGCGCCUGGAAGCUCGAGCGAACGAGGAAGAUGAGUUAGUUUGCUGCCGGGACUGGACUGCACUUUUACCUACGGUGUCAUGCAAUUUCACUUGAAAUCAGGAUUUUUCAAUGAAGCUGUGAUGGACCCAUCCUCACUAUCUGCAAACCAUGAGAUGUCUUUGGGGACAAAUAAAUUUUUACGUAUUUGUGUCAUAAGUUAGAUUUUCUUUUAUUUCGUAGUCUUUAUUUUGACUCCUGUCAUUAAGGUUCUGAGAUGGACACUGAGAUGGAAGACAAGAAAUGUCUUAAAGGUGUCUGUCCAGUCUGUAACAGUCACUUAAAGAUGAAGUUGGCGAUAAGUUCAAAUGCAGGAUCACCUGUGUUGCAGUGGCUUUAUUUAAUACUAGGAAUACUAGGAGAUUGCCACAAUCGUGUGAAAUGUCUCUGUGCUGAAAGUAGCUGCUUCCUUGUUCUGUCCGUCUCCCUAACUUUGCCUGUAUUGUGCUGUGCCGUCUCUCACCCCCAUAACCUUCCCCUCUGGGAUUUGUGCGGAAAUUCUGUUUGCUUUUCAUCCUUUAUGAUGUCAUUGCUGGCUUCAAACAUUCUUGGGCAAUCCGGGCCAUCCUAAACUGCAUCUCAACCCCUGGAAGUCUUUUAUCAAAAAUAUUUCUAACUAAUGAUAAAUAUAUUUACUUAAUUCCAGAAUUAAGAUACUGAAGAGGCCAAUACAAUUAAAAAAAAAAAAGAAUCUCCAACAACAACAACAAAAUUAAAUCAUUUCUGACAUCAUAGAGAAACUAAGCAUAAUAAAAGUUGUGAUAGUUUCUGUUU